UUCUGACCGCCCUACGUAGGCGGCGCCGCGGCGGAGCAAACCCUCACCACGCUCGUCGACGGGCGGCCGUCUCCCAAUGGCGUCGUCGGUCGGCGGCGCCGCUGCCAUGGCCAAGCACCCAAGGGUGCUGCUGCCGUUUACCUGCGACUCUCUGCGCAUCCCCGACGAGCUUGCCGCGGAAAUCGGCGCCGGGGAGGCCCUCGUCGUCGGCCCCUCCGCCGGCAAGGUCAAGCUCUGGCGCGUUGAGGUCGGGUGGGACGGCGACGUCGCGUUCCUGGGGCGCGGAUGGCCGGAGUUCGCGGGUGCGUGCGGCGUCGACGCCGGGUGGCUCUUGGUCCUCCGGCACCGCGGCCGGGGCGUGCUCACCGUCAAGGUGUUCGAUGCUAGCUCCUGCCUCAGGGAGCUUGUCGCUCAACCACCUGCAGCAGCCGCCGUUGAGGCAACCACAAGUGGCCAAGGCACCCGUAAGCUGCAGUUCAUCAGAGUGCUUCCAAAAGAUUUCAUGAAAAAGAUGCUAAUACCUGCUAAGUUUAUGCAACAUUACAUCCUCAAUGAGCAUCUGAACAAUCGUACAGCCAUUAUUUUCGGCCCCCUUGGCAAAGUUUCUCAUAUUGAGAUCGAGAUGAAUCAGUCAGAUGUGUUCUUCUCAGGUGGCUGGUCACAGUUUCUGGUGUUACAUGACAUCACUGAAUCUAAUGCUCUGCUGCUGAGGUAUGAAGGCAACAUGGUGUUCACAGUCAAAGUGUUUGAGCCUGACGGAUGCCAGAGAGAGUCCAAAACCAAAGACAUCAGAAUGCAGCAAGUAUCAACAUUACCAGAUAUUGAAGAGCAGCAGGAAGCACCAUCUAUUUCCAUUCAGAAGCAUUACAAGAAUGAUUUGUCAAGCAACAAUGGAGAAAAGAAACCAAAAGGCCCUGUGACGUGUUUGACCAAGGCACCAUUAUGGACAAAAUCUGUGUUUGAGGUUGGGCCGCCAUCAUGGAUAAAGAAGCAGAUCAAUGCCAACACUCUUCGUGAACUUGCUUUGCAAACAGCUUUCUGUGAUGCAAUUGGGUUGCAGGAACCUUGCAUCAUCACACUCAAGACCUCAAUGAGCAGUACCAAAUCCUGGCAGGUGCAUGCCUUGCCAAGGAGGAGGAGCUACCGGCUUCGGCUGGGUUGGAGUAGGUUCUGCAAAGAGAACGAUCUCAAGCUAGGUGACAUCUGCACCUUUGAUAUUGUCGAGACCACACUGUGGCUUGUUGUUGUCACACGUUGUAAGGAAAAGAUGAAUCAGUUAUACUAUCAGGAAAAGCCUAAGAGGAAGAAGGAAAGGUCAAGUGGCCAUGGGCAAAAAAGGCCAAAAAGCUCCAUAUCUAGGAUAGGCUGUGUUUUUGAGAUUGGUCCACCGGCUUGGCUAAAGAAGGAGAUCAACACCAGCACAAUUAGCAAUCAUCUUUCUGUGCCAUUGUCCUUGUGCCAGGCGAUUGGAUUUCAGGAACCUUGCACGAUGAUCACACUCAAGACCUCAGUUAGCAGCACCAAGUCUUGGCAGGCGCGCCUUCUCGCUUACAGGAAUGGCAACCAAAUGACUGGGUCAGGUUGGAAGAGCUUCUGCUGUGAGAAUGACUGAAUGAGAUCAAGGUGGGCGACGUCUGCACCAUCAAAAUAAUUGAACCCACCUUGUGGCAUGUCAUCAUCGAGCGCUGAUAAGCUAGUACAUUUCACUGUGGGAUGAUACAACGGA